AUGCCAGCCAAACAGAGAAUGCGUGUUGCUAACGAGAAACAUAGCCAGAACGUUUUGACAAGAGGAAAUGUUCCUAAAUCAUUGGUGAGGGUUUGAAAUGACCACGAAGCUUCGUUUACUCCGUUUAGAAAACGACGCAAAUCUACUUCUUAUUGGAACAUGAAACGUUUAAUUCUUUUUGGCUAUUUUUGACGAUCUCUCUGUAUUUUUUUAGAAACCACAAGAGGAAAAGUAUCCAGUUGGACCUAUUCUUCUUGGAUUAUUUAUUUUCGUCGUAUGUGGAUCAGGUGAGCAAUUGAAAAGUCAAAUAUUCAGU